AUAUAUACAAAACUAUUUAAUAUUUUAUUAAAACGUCAUAACAUUCGCAGCAGCAUAAGGUGUCACAUUAUUUUUAUUCCGCCUUUGAGCGGAACGUGCUCUGCCUCUGCGUGUGUUUCAUACUGAAAAUAGUGAAAUAACAAUGCACCGUACACAGGAUUUAGAGCUAUUCCCUGAAUACACAGUAACUCAGUUACUUUUCAAAGAUGUGAAGAAUGCGACAGAGUUGAGAAAAAUGGCCGUGAAUGGCGAAAUUAAAGGCGCUUUGAUCAACCCAUCAAUGGUUGUGGAUGCAUUCCAGGUCCUGGUUGCUGCCAAUAAAGCGGUUCACCUGCAUACAAUUGGGAAAAUGAAGACCAGAAGUCUUUACUCUGAAAUCAUUUUUAAUCUUUCACCCACAAACAAUAUAUCUGAAGCUUUCAAAAGGUUUGGGAUUUCAGACAGUGAUAGUGCAGUUUAUUUUGUGUUAGUACACAAUAAAGAAGAAACACUCAACAUUGAUGACAUCAUCUCAAAGGUGGAUGGACAGCAGAUUGAUAUCGAUCAAGUGUCUGAUAUGACCGAUGCUGCUCAAAUUAAAAAGCUUUACAAAGUUGCACCGCAGGAGGAGAAGUGUGGGAGUCUUUUGGAUGCUGUUGUGUGCAGGAUGGCCACAAAGGAUGUUGCAUAGAUGUUGAUCUAUAAAAAAAUCUGUGUUUUUGACUCAUACUGAGUCUCCUGUGUUAAUAUGUCAAUGGCCUUUUUAAAUAAAUCUGAUUCACAUAUUGCAAAAGA